AUGUCUUUGGGUUUGCAUCUUCGUGAGCUUGUCCAAACCUAUUUGGAAUCUGCUAUUGGAGAGGAAAAAAGGAAGGCUGCUAGGAUGGAAAAAUUUGUAUCUUUCAAAAGGAGAGACCAGAGUGAGUCACCAGUUAUUGAAGAGAUUGUCAGGAAGAUAUUUGGUCAGUUGAAUUCUAUAUACUCAAAUGUUCACGAGGAUUGUGUUGGACUGGACUCUCGUGUGACAGAAAUAAAAAAUUCAUAUUUAGGCAUUGGGUUGGAAGAUGUACGUUUUAUAGGAAUUUGGGGAAUGGGUGGAAUGGGUAAAACAACCCUAGCACGAGUCCUUCAUCAAAGGAUUCAUUAUCAUUUUGAUGCCAGUACCUUUAUUGGCAAUGUUAGAGAAGAAAGUUGUAAAAAUGGUCUAAUUUCUUUUCAAAAACUACUUCUUGAUGAUAUCUUGAUUGAAAGCGAUAUCCGAAUACAGGACAUUCGGUGGGGAAUGAAUAUGAUAAAGGAUAGAUUACAUAAGAAAAAGGUUCUUAUCAUUCUUGAUGAUGUGGAUCAACCUGAACAAUUAGAAGCAUUAGCAGGAAAGAGAGACUGGUUUGGUCUGGGGAGUAGAAUCAUUAUAACAACCAGAGAUCAACGUCUAUUGGUCACACAUGAUAUGACUGAAGCUGAAAUAUAUGAGGUUAAUAAACUGGAUAAUGUUGAAGCUCUAAAACUCUUUAGUAGGGAAGUCUUCAAGAAGGACUACCCUCCAGAAGAUUUCAAGGAGCUAUCGACAAAUGCUAUUCAUUAUGCUGGUGGACUUCCUUUAGCUCUCAAAGUUUUGGGAGCUAGCUUGAUGAAAAGAGAACUGGUUGUUUGGAAACAUAUCCUAGCUAAGUUGAAAGAAUAUCCUCCAAAAAAAUUGAUGAAUGCUUUUGCAAUCACUUAUAAUGGCUUAGAUUCCAAAGAGAAAAACCUGUUUUUAGAUAUUGCUUGUUUCUUCAAAGGGGAGAACAAAGGUUGGGUAGCAAGUAUACUACAAAUAAGCAUAGAAAUAGAUAGUCUUAAGGAAAAAUCUCUCAUAAACAUCUCACGUUUUAGAACAUUGUGGAUGCAUGAUACACUACAAGAUUUUGGUAGGGAAAUUGUUCGCCGUGAAUCCCUUUAUGAGCUCGAUCAACAAAGUAGGUUGUGGCUUAGUAAUGAUAUCUUUCAUGUACUGAAACAUAAUAUAGGAGCACAAAAAGUUAAAGGCAUAUUUCUUAGCUCAUCUUUUUUAGGAGAAAAGGAACAACUGAAGGCUGAAGUCUUCUCAAAGAUGAUAAACUUAACAUUGCUUCAAAUCAAUCAUGUCCACCUUCCCCAAGGUCUAGAUUAUCUUUCUAAUGAAUUAUGUUUCAUGAACUGGGAAAAAUAUCCUUUGGAAUCCUUGCCAGAAAGUUUCCAUCCAAAUAAACUAAUUGAACUCAUCAUGCGUGCCAGUAGUUUAAAGCAACUAUGGAAUGGAAUUAAGAGUUCAAAGAUGUUAAAACACAUCGAUCUCAGUUACUCCAAGGAUUUGAUCAUGAUCCCCGACGUCACUGAAGCCCCAAAUCUUCAGAAGCUAAUUCUUAAAAGUUGUACAAGUUUGUCUAAGAUUCACACAUCACUUGGAUAUCUUAGAAAACUUAUUUCAUUGAAUCUUAAUGGCUGUGUAUGUCUUGAAAGUCUUCCAUGCAAGAUCAGCUCAAAAUCUCUUGUUAUUAAUCUUUAUGGUUGUUUGAAGUUGAAGAAUUUUCCAGAGAUUGUGGGAAAUAUGUCACACUUACCACGCCUUGUUUUGGCUGGGACUAUAGAAGGACUACCGAUAUCAAUAAAGCUUUUAACUGACCUUACUCUAUUGAAUCUGAAAGAUUGCAAAUCCCUUUUAAGUCUUCCUGAUACCAUUUGUUGUUUGACAUCUUUAAAAACGCUCACUCUAUCAGGUUGCUACAGACUUAACAAAUUGCCAACAAAUCUAGGAAAUCUCAAAUGCCUAAAGAAGCUGGGAGUGAUUGGAAUUGCUAUAAGAGAACUACCAUCAUCAGUGGAGCAUUUGACUGGUCUGACUUCAUUGAAUCUAAGUAAUUGCAAGGACCUUUUGAGUCUCCCAGAUACCAUUUGUAGUAUGACAAAUCUAAAAGCGCUCUCUCUUUCUGGCUGCUCAAUACUUGACAGAUUGCCAAAGAACUUGGGGAAUCUCACAGGCUUGAAGGAGCUAGAUGUGAAUAAAACUGCCAUAAGAGAACUACCAUCAUCAUUGAGGCAUUUAUCUAAUCUUACUUCAUUGAAUUUAAUCGAUUGCAAGGAACUUCUGAGUAUUCCAAAUGCCAUUUGUAUUAUGAAAAAUAUUAAGACUCUCACUCUAUCUGGCUGCCCAAAACUUGAAGAUUUGCCAGAGAACAUUGGGAAUCUCAUAGACCUAAAGAAGCUAGAAAUUAUUGGAACUGCUGUGAGAAAGCCACCUUCCUCCAUAUUUCUCAUAAAAAAUCUCGUACUAUGUUCUCAUGGAUGUGAAGGGACAUUGUCUAUGCAGAUUCGAAAUCCUGUGCGUUUGGAAUUGCCCUCCCUAUCUUGUUUGCGUUCUUUAGUCGAACUGGAAUUAAGGGAUUGUAAUCUUCGAGCAAUACCUAAUGAUAUUGAUAGCUUUCACCUCUUAAAAAAAUUAAAUUUAAGCGAAAAUAAUUUUGUUUGUUUACCAGAAAGCAUUGUUCGGCUAUCCAAAUUGAAAGAUAUUUAUAUUGAGAAUUGCACUAGUCUUCGAUGUUUGCCACAAUUUCCAUUAUCUACUCUAAGUAUUUGGGCAAAUGGUUGUGCCUCACUAGAAACAUUACCUAAUCAAUUAAAACAGGAAAGCAUUUUUGAGCCGAAUGUCUAUCUUCUCAAUUGCUUCAAAUUGGCUGACAAUCAAGGCUUCAGUGACAAGUUUUUAACAUUGCUAUCAUGUUACUUUCAGGAACUCUGUUAUAAUGACUUCUCAGGAUCAAAUAGUUAUGAUCUCGUUGUUCCUGGAAGAAAAUUACCAAAAUGGUUUAGCCAUCAAAGUGCGGGGGCUUCAGUGACUCUGCAAGCGCCUCCCAAUUUUGAUGAGAAAUGUUUGGCAAUUGGAAUGUGCGCUGCUUUUGAGCAUCUUCCUUCUGGCCUAGGUGGUUUGUUUGAUAGUGGAUCUCAUGAUAGAACGAGACAUAUGCUUUUUUGCUCCAUUGCGUUGCAUCCAAAAAGUGGAUCUGACAGAUUCAUGGUCUGCACCGACAGUGACUGCAUAUCAUUUCCCUUUCCCGAAAAUUUUGGUCCGGUUGAAUCAAGACACCUUUGGCUGAUAUAUGUGCGCAGAGAAUUCUUCCAUAAGAUCGAAUACAGUGCAAAUUCAAAUGGGUUGCACGAAAUUGAGGAGAAUAAAUAUGAUCUUCAGAUUAAAUUUCAUACAGAAGGUACGGGCUUGACGGUUACGAACUGCGGGGCCCAUUUUGUGUUUAAGCAAGACAUUGAAGAUCUCAUCCAAACCAACGAGAUGGAUUUUGUUUCCAAUGAUUAUCAUCUAAACUCAGUGGUACCGGCAGAUGGAACCUCUAGAGUUGAACCAAGCCAUGAUGGUAACUAUGAUGGAGCUGGACCUAGUGGAGAAGGUAGCUCCAGUGAUGAUGGGGCUGGAUGGGGCUGGUUGGGGCUUGACGGUUACGAACUGCGGGGCCCAUUUUGUGUUUAA